GGAAAGGAAAAGGCAAUGAAAUACAAUGAGAUUUCCCAUUUCAGCCACCCCCAGCACAUACUAAAAUUCGAGUACACCGAAAUUCCAUUCAAGUGUGACGGCUGCAAGGAAGUCGGCAUAGGCUCACAUUACCGAUGUUCCUUCUGUGACUUCGAUCUCCACAUGCACUGUGCUAUACCUUCUCUUUCGAUCUACCACCCUUUCUACACCAAAUGUUCCUUUCAGUUCUUUUACAGGCCGCCCGGUGACACCCCUCGUUACUGCAAUGCCUGCGAAAAGGAUAUAACCGGUUUCGUUUACCAUUGCAAAUCAUGUGGGUUUGAUCUUCAUCCGUGUUGUGCAAAGCUACCGAUGGUGUUAGACGACGGAGAAGUGAAACUGUACCUGCAUAGGAAAGUGAGAGCACCAUGCCAUAGAUGCGGACGUAAAGGGAGGAGCUGGAGUUACAGGUCUGGUUGCAAAAAGUAUAACUUGCAUGUUGCAUGUGUUAGGGAAAUGUUGGUGGAGAAUUGGCAUGAAUUAUACUUUGGACAUGGCAAGGGAAGUACUAGGAAACUGGAGACAAGAAUCCCAAGCUUGGAAAAUACACUUCAAACGCCUCAUAAAAGGAGUAAAGGGAAGGUAAAGAAAUGCUGUGAGAUGGCUGGUUUGGCUCUGCAACUUGUGAUAUCGGCUGUGCUUGGGGAUCCCACUGCUCUCAUUGCUGGGGUUAUUGGAAGUUUGAUGUCAAGAGCUUGAACUGUUUGUGUUCUUGCAUGAUCAGUUUAAUUCAACGUAGGUGCCUGUAAAGAGAGAAA